AUCACAAAAUGGCGCCGACCUCGACCCGUUCGAUUCAGAAAGAUAGCAUGUAAUUAUGUUUUGUCAACAUGUGAGUAGAUUACGGCAGCGUUUUGCUGCCAGAUAGCUUUGACAGUAAUGACAGUUGAACACCCUUCAACCGCUAAUAAGGUAAGAUUUUCUACUGCUAAAUUCAGUUCCUUUCUUCUCGAUAGCGUGUAUUUGAUGAAGAUUUGGUCUUUGAUUCAUAGUAGGCUACGUACUGUUCACCAGUCUAGUAGUUAAUGUAUGUAGACCUGAUUCUAGUGAGUAAGACAUGGUAGAUCGAACUGGAAAGAUACUAUUGGGAUUUUUAUUAAGGAAAUCCGGCAUCCAAAAGGUAAAACAGGGUUAAGAAAGGCUAGCCAAUGUGCGAUCGAAAAAAUUAACGAAAAAUCUUAAAUUUUGAAGGAUCUCAAUAUAAAAAGACGUUAAUGAAACGAAUGAAUCAAACUCCACUUGACAUUGAUAUUGUAAAAUUUGCUAUAUUUUAACAUCUUAGUCUGAGUACUAGAUUAAAUGUUGUUAUGUUUACCUCUGUGCCACGUGAUCCAGGUGUAUGAUCAUGACUUUACUUGUCAUGGUGUCUUCAACUGUACAUGGAAAUUUAACUCGAUCCUCAACUUUUGAAAUAGUCAAAAAAAUUUUUCUUGUGACUUUCAUAGCAAAAUGAUCAGAUACAAGUUUUAAUUACAUGGGUCUGCUGUGCUUUUAAAAGGGACCAAUAUUUGUAGUUAAAGAAGUUACUCACCCCACAACAGUAAUGACCAAAAAAAGGUUUCAAGUUAAAAAUUGAUUUCACUUUAUCUGCUAAGCUGUGUAUUACAAGAAGGGCUGGGUGUCCAAGUACUCUUGUCUCAGAAAACUAGGGCAGACAGAAUUUAACAACAAGUUGCCAACACAGCGAUAAGAAAAAAAGCCAUUGUAUUUAUCAGUUGAGAAGGUCUAUCACUGUUUGAACUUCUCAGCAGAUCAGUUAUAAAAUCUUUCAGACAGAACAGAAUUGUUUUCAUGUGUACAAAUUUUGUGAGUGAGUUUUUUCAGUUUUUUUUUCUUUUUGGUUGAGUUGCUCUUUAGAGGUUUGUUCAGUUUAGAUUUAAGAGUUAACAGUGCUUCUAUUUGGUGGUGUCCUUUUUGGCCUUCUUCUUCUACUUCUUAGAGAGAAGUACAGUUGAACCUGUAUUAUGCGGCACGAUAUUAAAUGGUCAUCCUAUAUUGUGCAGUUGGUUGUCAAAGUAACCAAAUUGUUUCCCCUUAGGUUCUGUAAUUUUCAUCUCUAUUAGACAUCCCAGUGGCCAGUUUGUAUUUUGUUCUGCUUGUAUCAAAGGGUGAUGUAAGGCAGAACCCCUUAAAUAAACUAAUCAUACUCUCUUAAGUGAAGUUUACUCCAUGUUUAUCUCCUGGAGUCAAUAUUAUUACUUUGAAUUCAGUUGUUAUCAGUACAUUACAGAUUACAUGCCUCUCUCUUCUUUGGACUGUCAGGACAAAUAUUACAUGCCAAAAAACACUCACUCAUUUGCUGGUCACUCCACCAUACCCUGUGGGUGACCACUUAAAACAGGUGUGACAGUAUUCCAUCAAGGAUUUGGGGGGGGGAGGGUCUUUAGACCAAUUGAGUAGAAAUGAGCAAGAGAAAGGAUGUAUUCAAGAAGGUCAGUUGAGGAUUAGAUUUUUAGAAAAUGAAUUUUGGGAUAUAAAUUAUCAAAGUAUUUACAAGAAAUGGGUACAAGUAAAUAUCAAAUGAUGUCAAUAAAAACUUCACCAGUGUCACAUUUAGUACGUGAUUCAGUGUUGAUUUUGUAAAUAUUUUGAUGGUUUGUUUUUUCUUAUUUAUGGUCCAUGAAUUCAGGUUAUUGUUAAUACUGAUGAGCUAAAUCAGAUUGUAGAGGCCACGGGUGCUUCCUAUGAUCAAGCCAAUCAAGCCUACAUUGUAAGUCAAUCAGCAGACACUGAUAUUUCUUCUUAAAAACAGAACAGUUUAAGUGUUAGGUAGUGAAUAUUCUGAAUAGGAGAGUAACAUUAUUUUGAUUGUGAAGUUUGAUCAUCUGGGUUUGAUCAGUAAUGAGAUAGACUACUGUUGGUAGCAAUGACUUACAUUUUGACAACCUUGGUAGAGGAUGUCAUCAUUGGAGCCAACUUGCCAUCAAUGACUACUUCCACUGAGGUUACUAUUCAAUUGUCAGUCAGUACUACCUACAACAGUCCUUCUCAGGACCACCCUUAAAACUCUUUGCAUAACCCAUUAGACCACUCAAUUCAGACUCUGCAGCAAUAACCAAUUGGUCAUGUCUUCUUCCUUUCUACAUUUAAACCCUUCACACCCUAACAUCAGUAUCCAUGUUCUCUACAAUCUUUUCUAUGCAUUUCCUUUGGAACUGACAAGGACAAUUCAUUUAAAAAUCAAAGUAUCUUUAGGUGGCAUUCAUUUUCUUUAUUCUUAUGAUCUUAAUGAAUGAAUGAUUCUGUAGUGUCGCUCUAAGGAGAAAUUAGAUUAUGGUCACUCUUAGGGUUUAAAAGGUUAAAAUUGAUACUGGAAUUGAUUUUAUAAUUCUGAAUUCCUUUUGUUGCUGUAUCUUCAGGCCAGUGGCAAUGACCUUCAAAGAGCAAUAGCAAUGUUGACAGACACUCAGAAUCCUAAUGCCUCAUUAAAGGUGCUUUUCACAUUUUGAUGUCAUGUUUCUGGUAUAUGGCAAGGUUGUUGUUGGGCACUGGCAACCAGUGAAAUUUUCAGCAGGAAAAAGUAGCUUUGACUUGCAUUAACUCACUAAAGCACAUAGAAGAUUGUCAUCUAAUUGAAAAUAUUGAAAUAUAAGUCUUACAAACUUUAGUAUUAGUUUUGCAAAUGGCUGGGAAACAAGUGUUUUCACUAACCCUAAAGUCCAGUUUUUUAUCGCACACAAAGCACCUUCUUGGAUGCACCAUAAUUGAGCCCCCUCACUUGAAAUUUUAGUUGGUAGCUGAAAUUUCUCAGCAACAAUCUUGUUAAUGGUGUAUUUCUGUUUCUUGGAUGUGGUUGUACUUCAUACUUCUAGGUAUGCAUGGAUUGACUUAGUAGCUUGUAGACCUAUUGGCUGAUUAUGAGCUGAUUAUGAUUAUGUAACUGCUGGCUACUGGCAUAGUUCAGUAGCUGAGAAAGAUUAGGUGCAACUCUUGUUUCCAGAUCUCCCUUUGAGCCUUCUCAGUUCUAAUCUUAAAUGACAGACAAUUUCUUUAGUUACAACUCUGAACCAGAUGAGGUCAGCCAAAGCACCACAGGAAAUUUGGAAAAGAUGAUGAUUUUACUGUUCCCUUUGUCAGUCAGAAAAUUGGGGGUUGUGGAUAUGUGUAUGUUUGUGUAAUUGUAUAUUAGAGUUAAUGCCAUUGGAGAUAACAUGGUAAUGAAUGAUUCAUCACAUAAUCAAUUCAUGAAACAAAAAGUACAUUUGCUUAUUGUAAAGGGAAGCAAAGUGCUAAUUUGUAAGAUAGAUAUUUGUUUUUAAGGUUUAUGACUUUCUAUCUCUCAUGUCAGGUGAGCUUUAGGCUAGCUCAUCUCCUACUGUGGGCUUGUUCAAUGGGUAUAUCUGAUAGAUAAAUGAGAAAAGAAAACAACUGUCUUUUUGUCUUCAAUAGGGUGUUGCAAACCAAACAGGUGAGUUGUUUUAAGAUCUCUUACAGUACAUUUGUGUGUGCUUAUUACACAGAUUCAUGAAAAUACACAAAUUCUUUUUUCCACAAGUCAGCAAAUUUCUAAAAAACAUUGAUUACCAGUGGCUUUAAAAAACUGUGCUAGAUUAGGUUAGAAAGUAGGUUUUAGAGGACAAAAUUGAUUGAAAAACAAGUUUAUAAACCACCCCAAUGUCGAGAAUUUUUUCUAGAAUGAAAGCAGCUUAUUGACUGUAUUGUUUCAAUGACAUCCAAAUAUCCAAAUAGAAAUUCCAAGGAACCAAGGUAUGUCUCAUUUAAAGAUAGAAAAUGAAUCUUAAUAUGUUGAUCUCAGCCUAUCUAAAGUCACCUUUAUGGUAGGGUGUAAACUUUUGAUAACCAAGUGCCACCAUUUAUGAUUGAUACCAAACUCAAUUCAAUUUUCGAUAGGAACAGGAACACAGACCUUUAUAGGACCACAAAAUGCUCCUGGUAGACCACAAAGUAAGAUUUUGUUGAUUAUUAUCAAUUACAGUUAUAUGUAGUGAAAGCAAUUUUCAUUAUCAAUCUAGGGUUAGUUUUACUCUUCUAAGCACAGCAAAGCAUGCUCAUUGCAGUUUAUGUGUUUUGUGUUUAAACAGGGUCUUACUACAGCAUAUUGAUAAAUUUGGAUUUUUAAAGUGCCCUUUUUUUCAGAUGCUUUGAAACUUUCAAAUGAGGUCAUUGUGUUGACCCAUGUGGUAUUUUCAUGCCUCUUUAAAUUGAACACUUUGUAGCGAAUUUUCAUCGAUCAGAUAUAAGUGACCCCCAUGUUGAAUAAAAUAGCAGGACUGUACAUGCUUACUAACCAUUCAACAUCUUAGUAUUAUUUUCUUCUUAAUAUAAUUUUUAAUCAUUUUAGCUGAUGUAAUUGACCUAACGAAAGAGACAGAAGACUUGGAAUAUGCAAUUGCUCUUAGUUUACGAGAGGCACAGGUGUGGUAUACACUUUGUUAUAUUAAAAUUUGUUGGGAGAAUACUGGAGGCAAUUAAAAUUGCUGGUUUAACUUAUUUUGGCAUUAUUUAGAAACUAGACUAGGAUACCAAUGAAAUAGCUGAUUUAGAAAAGAUGCACCAAGUUAUUUACAUUUAGGAACUAAAAUUUACAGUGAUGUGCAACACAAUGCAAGAAGAAUUUUUCCCUUCUUUUAGAAUUAAUCAAGACUGUUGGACUCUAAUUUUUCUUUGGCAAAAGAAUUCAAAAUAACAUCAAACCUGGUUGAAAUCUGUUAAUCUAAGAAAUAAAAUUGAGGCACAGCAUGUUUUAAUUAACAAGUUAAAAAAUUUAUGAACUGUUGGAGCAACUUACAUUCAUAAGUUUAUUUUCUUUUGAUCUUAGGGUAUAACUGUAGAAGAACAAGAUAUAAGCAGGUACAAUAUUUUUCAAACUUCAAGAUCAUGUUUAAGCCGCCCUUUACACCUUAGCAUCAGAAUGAAAGUUCUCCAUACUGAUCUGUACACAUUUCCUAAGAUGCUGUCAAGGAGAAUCUGUUUAACAAUCAAGAGCUUCUUGAGUUUGGGAUCAUUUCUUCUAUUCUCAUGACCUUAAUGUGUGAUUCAGGGGUGAUACUGUUGGGAGAAAUUAGAUGCUUAUCACUCUUAGGGGUUAAAGGGUUAAGAUUGUUCACCAUUUAUGAGUCUUUUUACUUUCUUCCAAUCAUUCAUUACAUGAUUUUCAUUUCCUAAGUUAUUGAAAAUGGUUUAAAUAUUCAUUAAGUACUAAACCUCUAACUGAUGAAUACAUAACUAUAAUUGCUCUUCCUAAUUAAAUGGUCAUAAGCUGUUGGUGCCAUUGUCAAGGAAAAAGCAUGAAAUCAUGUGGUCAUAUUUAUCCAUCAAAGAAUUGGUGUGUCAAAAGAAUAAUAAGUGUUUCACUUCUAUAAUCCAGGCUGUCUUGUUACAUUUAGUGGUCAGUGAUAUUUUUUCCAAAACCAGGUUUUCAUAAGCAAUUUCUUCUUGAGCCACUGAAGAAAACUCAUUUUGGCAUUUGUGUUCUUUUGAAGGGUUUUAGAAGCCAGUUUAGCAGAAAAUAAAUCUGGUCUAAAGCGGAAGAGAGGUGAUCCUUGGGUGAGGUUUGUGGAUCCUGUGAAUCCUUAUGAGCGUCAGCGCUUAGAUGGGUGCCCUGUGGGCCUGAAGAAUGUAGGGAACACAUGCUGGUUUAGUGCUGUCAUUCAGGUUUGUAUAUCUGUUACUACAGACAUGUUGACAACUUGGAGACUCAUCAGUGUCAUCAUUUUGGUGCAUAAGAAUUCUAUACUUUGGUGUAUUCUUGAAGACUCAUCAGUUCAUGCAUUUCUCUUGCUAGCAAAUUUCCCACUAAACAAGAGGCACACUAUAUUCCAGAACAUAUAUGAUUUUUUAUCUCAAAUGUGAAGUAUGAAUUGUACUCUUCUUGUGAUAAUUUGAGAUUUCAAAGAUUUAGGUAACCCUUGCAAGUUGUAUUCCAGUAUAACAGAAAUUAGGACUCAGGUGCUAUAACAGUAGUUUAUGACUAGUCCCUCCUUUUCAAGGAAGACCCAUAAGUAAAAAAAAUCAGCCAAAAAAAAAUGGUAUUGAGCACUAACUUAUACCAUACAGGUUUUUGUGUAAGAAAAAGCUUGCCACAGAUGUUUGAUCUGAAAUUCUUACCCACUUGUCCUAGCUAUAUUUUCACAGAAAAGAAAGAGUAGGUAUAUUGCAUUCCCAAUCACUACUCCAGUUAACAUAAUCAUGUUUCAUGGCUGGUGUUAGUAAACAGGGAUGCUAAAGAAAUCCACAUAUGAAGCAGACAAAAGAUUUGUAUCAAGACAAACCUUUGAAUUGCUUUGCAUGGAACAAUGAAACAUCUAUUACUAGUCAAAUACUAACAGCAGUUUGACCCAGGCCUCAUCUGUUGUCCAUUUCUUGUUGUCCUUUUACUUUCAAGAUCUUGCCGGUAUUUCUCCUUACUGUCUGCCUUACAAAUGCUAUGAUGUUAGUCCAGAGAAUUUGACAUUGGAUCAACCACUAAUCCCCUCAUUGAUAUUUUUCUUUAUUCUCAUCGCUUGUCUUUUUGAUAUUGUAUUGUUAUUGUAAGGAGAAUUUCUGCCCUGGUUACUCACAUGAAGCUAUCAUACUGAUGAAACUCUGUCUCUGCUUUUUUGCGAUAAACUUAUUGUUAUUACUAUUAUUAUUAUUAUUGUGGCUAAAAAAUACUAGUCCUGACUUUAGAAUAUAAAUCAUUUUACCCACAAAAUAUCUUAUCAGUGUUUCCUGGCAAUGCCCUUUUCUUUUUCCUUCCUACUCAACAGUCAUUAUUUCAUCUUCCUGUUUUCCGACGACUGGUUCUCAACUAUACUCCUCCACUGGAUCCUCAGGAAAAACCUGAGGUGAGUGAUGAUCUUUUCUAGUGUCAUUUAACUGUUGGUUGGUUGACUCUGAAUCUGUAUGUGUCUGUGGUAUUUACAUGUACAGCGUUUAGUUGAAUCCUGUUGUUGCAGAUGAGAUUCAAAAGACUUUGUAAGGCCAAUAUUCUAAUGUACAUUUGUCAAGAGGUCAGAUACUUUUGCACUGGGCUGUCUGGUCAACUCUUGAUCUAUAACUGAAAUUAUGGUGAACUUUCUAUGCUGGAGAUUUCAAUUGUAAUUCUCCUCAUCCUCUGCCAUAUAAUUAUUAUAUUGCUAGUGCUGAGAUCUCAGUACUUAUUUACUUUCAGUUAUAUUGUGUUGAUAUUGGCAUGAGUAAUUAUGCUUGGGUUGGUAAAGGGUGUGAAUGGGCUAUUAGAAGAAUUGGGUGUUAUGUGAACAAAUUUUUAUUUAGGGAUGAAAUUCAGCUUUUUGUUUCCUUUUUUGAGAUAAAGUAAAUGUGACAACAUCAGCAAAUUUUGUGUGGGGAUUUCCCUUGUUUCACUUGCUGUCCUUUUUAUUGUGUUUCACAGGAUGGUUAUCGUGUGUCUUUCAUGACAGAGCUGCGAUUCUUAUUUGCCUUAAUGCUUGGUAGUAAAAGAAAAUAUGUGGAUCCAACCAAAGCUGUACAGGUGUGUGUCUUUACUUGAACUCUAAAGCACAAAAACAAACAGAUGGGUGUGAGCAACCAAUUGGGGGCCUUCCUUAGCUAAGCCAGUGGAGAAAAUAACAGAAAUUUUAAUUUUUUUUUUUUGGUAGGGGAAUGAAAUUUCUUCCUUCAAUUGAUUGUCAUUGGCAGUGACCUGUACUGGGUCUAUGACUAGUACUUACUCUCUAAUUAGCCCAAACAAUUCUUUCCCAAUGCAGGUUUUUUUUCCAUAACUUGGUCCUGCCUCAAGAUGUCAUCCUAGUUCACUAGAGCUGGCAUGUGUUCUCUGAAUUAGAUUAUCACGUUUGCACUUGUUGAUAGAGUAGAUUUUAAUGGGGUUUUGUCGGUGACCAUAUCUUCCUUUAAAAAUUAUUUGCUUGCAGAUAUUAAAGGAAGCUCUGAAGUAUAAUGGGAGUGAAAGUAAUCCUGGAAACCAACAGGUAUAUACAUUUAAGGACCCUUGUAGGUAAUGUAAUUUGGAAAACAAAUGCGGUGUGAUCAAAAUCACAGAAUACAAAAUGAAAGUCUAAUGACUGUAUUUACUCUUUUUCCUUCGUUGUUCACAUUCUAGUGAUAAUUGAUUGUGUUUUCUCUUAAAAAAAGAGAGAACUCUCUUUUUUUUUUUCGUCCAUGGCCCAAGGAUCUUGCAAUCAUUGUUGACAAUGUCCCUAUCGAUUUUUGCCUAGUUUGCAGGCUUGCCCUCAUUAUUAGCGCUUGGCAUAAGCAUUUCUUCGUCUUCGGGGAAGUAUGAGGCUUUGAGCAACGCAAGCCUUGCUAAUAAGGAAACUUCAUAAUCAGUGCCAGACCCUUGGUAAACCUCUCCCCGACUCGCCUCAAAUUUGUCCGCGGGCGGAGAAACGCGCGUCUUUCAGCGCUCAUAUUGAAGGUUGAUUUCUGCAUUUCUUUUAUUUUUAGGAUGUCAGUGAAUUCACUCAUAAGUUGCUGGAAUGGCUGGAAGACUCAUUUAAAGUUAACCACAACAACGGCGUCGACGGCAGUCCAAUUAGGAAGUAAGUAAUGAUCACAAGGUCUGACAUCUAAUUCUUGAAAGAAACGUGAGUAUUAUUGGUGUUUGCCGAAGAAGAAAACAAAGGUUUCUUUAUGCUAUGGAACUGAUCGUACCGUUAUGGUAAGCGUCUUGCCAUGACAACACCUCGUUAUUUGGCUCGAAAUGAUAUGAGCCGCCAAUCAGGGUAUGAUUUUGCGGGUCUUGAGUUCUAUAAAGGGUACAUAAUUUCACUAUCAAGCGCCUUGAACAGGUUGUCUUUUGGAUUGGAAGCCUCGGGUUGGAUUUGAUGUAAUUUAGUUAUAAUCAACUCUUGAAUGUAGCGUGAUUGUGUUUCCUAGUUAGAACAACUCUUCCACCGAGGGCCGGUUAAUUGAAUAUAGUGUAUCGUCCUGGUGUAUCGCCAUAUUUCUUCAAGAGUUAGCCUUUUGAUAUAAAUAUAGGUUUUUCCUGUGUUGACACUCGUCACACUAGUCAGCCUUGAGAAUAAACGUUUGGCCAAAUGAAAAUGAUUUAGAAUAAACAGGGUUCGUACGGGUCCUGAAAAACCUGGAAAGUCCUGGAAUUUUACUUUGACAUUUUCCAGGACUGGAAAGUCCUUGAAAAAGACUACAGGUCCUGGAAAGCCCUGGAAAUCUGCUUAACAAAAGCAAUAAGAAAAUUCCUGGAAAAUUCCUUGAAAUUUUUUUUUUGAAAAAGGGUACGAACCCUGAAUAAAGCUUUGCUAGAUAACAGCUAAACUUUCUUUGAAUGACCAGCUCGUGGUUGUUUGGUUUGGAUGGAAAAUCGAGAGUGUGUUUUUCCCUUGAUUUGUAAAAAUAUCAGCGUUUAAAAAACUUAACGUGUUUUGUUUAGACACAAAAAACACCAUUAAUUUUUUUCGCAGCGGCAAAGACCUAAAUCCUGUGGUCGAAUUGUUUUUUGGCGAGUCUAACGUGGAAGGUGUCUACGAAGGUGAGUUUAUUUGCGUUACCUGAGUGUGCAGUUUAGUUAUGUCGAAUGAUUACUUCUUACUGACUGAGCGCGAGGGGCGCGCUGGGACACAUUUAUGGUCCGUGGUGGUGGCAUUGCGCGAAAUCCGUACAAAAAAGACCGAGGGCCAGUAUUCACCUGUACGGCUAAAGCAAGCCAGAUUUAUAAGUAGUUUGCUAUAAGGCACUCGAACCAAACUUGUGUAUUUGAAUUUGUUUUCUUUCGCGAACUAAAAUACACGACGCGGCUUUUAACCGUUUCCGUGGAAACGGUCCUUAUGGCAAAAGACAGACCAUUUAAGAACCAAUUAGAACGCUCGGAUUUACCUCAGAACUACUUUGCCAUAUGAUAGAGAAUGUUAUAUGCGGUUUGAGGAAUUGUUUUGUUUCAUUUGAUUUGGUUUGAUUCAUUUCAAAUUUUGCCAAAGAUCUUCUCAAGGAAUCCCUGCUCUUAAGAUGGAAACUACUUGAUGACGAAAAAGAAUCAUUUAUCUGUUCGAGAGACAUUUACUUAAAGGUGGCUGUGUGCCUCUAGUAUUCCGUCUCUCGCAGCGAAAUAACUUGCGUCAAUCAUCAACUGUCAGCGACAGAAAAAAAUCCUGGUUCUGCGUGCACUCUGGGAAGUGAUGCGCCCGGGCGAUUUUUUUCUUUUUCUUUCGGAGGAUGGAGGGGGGGGAGGGGAUUAUGCAAAGGAAUUAUGCAAAGGAAGGUUCGAUUCCUUAUGGGGAUUCAGACAUUUUCUGUGUUCCACGUUCAUCUCACUCUUAAAUGAUUUUGUCGGAAUCAAAGGUAAUACUAAGUAUACAGGUAAACUGGAUCGUAUAGUUCCACUACAUAUGUGCUCCCUAUGCUUUGCUGUAGGUAAGACCUUCAGCAAGAAGGAAACAUUUGGAGCUUUUCCCCUGCAAGUUCAAGGCUAUGGUGACCUUCAUGACAGCUUAGAAGGAGCUAUGGCUCAAGUAGAGAUUGAACCAGUAGGUCCCGAAGGAUCACAAAAGUCUGGACAGGAGGUGGGGUAUAUCGGCUGUAAUCUGUAACCUUCGCUUGAGAAGCCUUGAUUUCAAGGUGAUGAACUCCAACAGAGUCAGUUUGGGUGCAAGCCUGAAAAUGGGUUCAUUACCGUGGUGGUUAAAAAGAGAUGCUUCACGCUCACAAUCCUUUUUCCAGCCUUGACUAAAACCGGCCACCAGCAAAAUCGUCCAAAAAUAGUUUUUUUAAAACCACUCACCUUUCACCAGCAAACCCUGAAAAUGCAAAGCGAACGCGAAUGAGUGGUGAAAACGGAUUUUGUCAUAGCUUUCUUAAUAUGUCUUAAUGCAACAGACGUUUUACAUUGGUCUGAACGUCAGAGUGGUUGAUUCACAGACGAUGCGGAGCUUCUGCACAAGGCACUGAUCCCUUCAUAAGCGACUUUGUGACUAAAAAUCAGAUGGGAGAACAUGUUAUCGUGUGGCAUUAUUCAGCACCCGAAGGACUUUUUCUGACAAUGUUUUACAGCGUAGCCUGGCUGUGUUAGCUACUUUCAUACCAACACUUUAACUUGGGUCGUUUUGGAUUCUGGUGCUUGCUUAACCUGAAGAUUUCUCCUUACUUUUAGCACUGGUUCACCCGUCUUCCAGUUGUACUCAAGUUCAUGCUCUCUAGAUUCCUGUUCAAUCAAUCCACAGGCAGAGCAGAAAAAAUACAUGAGAGAUUUUUGUUCGACCGAGUUAUCUUCAUGGACCGGUAGGGAUUUGUUCGAAUGUAACCAAACCAAACGUUUAAUUACAAAGUCUGCGACAUUCUGAGAUGAUUUACUCUUUCAUUUGAUGUAACGUAGUUUAACUGAUUACUUUUUCUGUUUGGCGUUCAGUUUGUAAAAUAGAGCGAAAUAGUAAACAGCGUGAUAGUAAUGCAUGAGUGCCGAAAAAGCGAGAGAGGUCUGGGUCGGGUCUCGUGAUGAACGACCCGUUUUUACUAAAUGGACGCCUGGGACAUGCUGAUUCUGUGCUGAGUAGUGCGUUUUCGAGAGUAAUUACGUUUGAGUCUGAUAUUUCUAUAAUUUGUUGUGCUUGGCACAGGUACAUGGAGCCUAACAAGGAAAUAACGAGAACGUACAGAGAAGAGGUGAAGAAAUUAAAAGAACGAAGAGCCAAGCUUAAAGGCAGCCUUGAAAAGUGAGAAUUCAAACUCUAUUGUCAUUGAGUGACGUUUGUGUAUGGUUAAUGAGUCGAUGUCACGUGUUUCCAGUUGCGUCAUGUCAAGAAAAAAGUUGUGAUGGUGAUCGUUAAAACAUUAACACCAUCUUUCGAUUCACCAAUCCGUUCUUCAGUUGAUUAUUUGCAAUAUUGAUUACGUUUUUCGUUGCAGAUCUCUGACAGAGGGGCUUGACCAGUGUAAUUGACAAUCUAAGGGAACCUGUGACUACAACCGAUAGAUUUGCUUGAAAUCACGCGAUUCGCCUAUUGACAGUACUUGAAAUCGAUCCGAAAGGCUAUACAAAGCGGAAAAAAUUGAUGUGACACGGAUAGUUUCUUAACAAAGCUUACUAGAACUUAUCAUUGCAGCACGGCGUUGGUUUUGUAAGAAAAAGACUCUCGCCCCAUGGUACAAAGUUUUCUUUACGCGUUACCUCCUUUGUCAUAUUUUAGGUACCUCAAGUACGGUCAAGGUUCCAGACGUUGUCCUAUCCAAGAAGUUUUAGACAGUGCUCUAUCGUUCGUUCAAAGCACUCCUCCAUCAAGCGAUGAACUCGAUUCCGAUGUUGAUGUAGACAUGAAAACUCCUCUGUCAGGCUCACCCACACCCAUGAGCACCAUGGGAAUGGUGACAGAUGCACACUCACCUACACCUUCUCCGUGCCCUUUGUCCGAUGUACGGUGGACCCCAGCGCCUCGUCACGUAACAGAAACGGAAGUGGCUGUGCUGGAGGGCUGCCUAAGGCGGUGGAAGCAAGAGAUGGAAAAGGAUACUAAAGGUGAAAUAUUGCUGUGAUUUAACUUCAUAUACUCGUUAAUAAGCAAUAAUAUAUAGAUUUAGCCAAGCCUAAAAGCGGAGCUCGCAUUUUUUUUCCCGCAAGUUUCAAGGGCACAACGCCUUGCCCCGGCUAGGACUAGAACCCGAGUCAUCCGACUCGGAGCCCAGUGCACUAACCACUGGACUACUGAACAAAGCCGUGGCGUUGGCGUGUCCGCGGUACAGUUGACCACGCAUGUUAAAAGUAGGACCUUGUACGGUCGUACGGUCGUACGGUCGAACAUCCAAAUUUUUUCGGCUUGAUGGGUUACUACUAUUUUGUAUAGUUAUGGGGCUACGCUCUGCGAGCUCCGCUAUCAGGGAUGCUGGUUGAAAGAACAAAAGAAGACAUUGUAUGUAGGCUAAUGAUAGCCUAUGAGCCUUUCUUCGCCCACUCGAGAUUUGUUUUGAGCCCGCGAGAUCCGCACGACAAUAUUAGUGCCAGUCCCCCGCUGGCUUGUUCCCCAGUCAAGGCCUCAGCGUUAAGGCGCAGCGCUUAUAUCGAGCUGCUCACAAGCUGGUUUGACAGAAGUUAUUUGACCUGGAUGAGGAAGCCCAGAUGGAGAAUAGUCUCUCAAGCAUGCAGUCGUAGCCAGAGAGAUCGUAACCUCAUUCCAACUGGUUGCAGGAACGUGAAAAAUCCUUGGUACUGUUUCACUUCAAAAGAAGACAAUGUUCGUGCGCAAAACAGUAGCUCUUUCCAUACGGUGGCUAUGUGAUGUUAAGAAAUCGACUAAAUCGCUAAAGGGGUUGUUAUUUUUGAUGGAUUUUUCAUGGAGCUGUUUCAUCAAACAGUGGGCCGUAGUGAAGCGGUAAUGUGUUUAACUUAGAAUUUAUAAUGACUGAAGCCUUGAUUUUUAUUUUGUUGUUUGGAAGAUCUAAACUCCCACCUUCGAGAAACCGAAGACGCCAUUUCCAAUAUUUAUGACGAUGCACAUCUUAAGAAAGUGAGUCGAACUUUGUUCUUUGAAUAAUUAGGUGAACACACAAAAAAGAUGGGCUGUGAUGUGGAGAGGGCAGCCAUCGUCUCUGACCCACAUUCAGCAUUUAAAAAUAUUUAAAUUAGUUGAAGAAGCUCUUUAGUUUUUUCUUCAGAUUGGAAGAAUCGUUAAGCAAUUUAGUACAAAGAGUGAUGUUGAUUGUUAAUUUAGUGUUCUUUAUCAUCCUCCUAGCUAUUAUCAGCUCUUUUCAUAGGCAAAUACAGAAUUAAUGACAGAAUGAAAGUCAGAAAUAGGUGCGGUGCGGUGUUGUAUGGGUGUGGUAACUUCUUGAUGAGUUUGUCUCUCUCAGCUUGAAAGAGGUUACGAAGCGUUAGAUCGAUAACAGAGAUAUGCCAGAGGGGCGAAGAUGGAAUAUUGUAGAAAAUGAACUCGCUCUUUUAAUAACGAAAUUGAAAACUUUAGGCUUUUCUAUGUUUACAAACAGGGACAUAACCCCUUUUUCAGUUUUACUUGCUUUUUUUCCUUUAAGUUACCGUACCGUCUUCACGCAGUCCUUGUCCACGAAGGUCAGGCUUCAGGCGGCCAUUACUGGGCAUACAUUCAAGAUCCCAGUCAACAGAGAUGGUGUAAGUUCAACGACAUCACAGUCAGCGAAGUCACGUGGGAAGAGGUAUCUCGUGAGUCUCUGGGUAGCUAUCGUAACGUGAGUGCGUACUGCCUCAUGUAUAUUGACGCUCGUCGCGAAGGUUGCAUUGGCGCCGGUGGUAGUAUACAUGAGUUGCCAUUGGACUUGAAGGAGCUUGUUGAUAAAGAUAACGCUGAGUUUGAGAACGAGAUGAGAGAUUGGGACGAGAAACAACUCGCGAAGACGGGUAAGAGCUGGGAUUCAAUUUGUCCUUUUUGAUUAUAUGAAAAAAAAAAAAAAGCGACCCGUUCAAAAGGUACAACCUAAACAGAAAUUUCGUAAAGAAGAGGAGAAAAAUAAGAACAUCAUUAUGAUUCUGUAAUUUUAAACGCCCACGUACCGUGCAACUUGUAGUUAUCUGGAAGUUGUUUUCUAUCGAAACUAACGACCCCCAAACUAUCGAUUUUCUUUACCGGGGCAAGAGGUAAAUGACAAUGCCUUCAAUAUAUUUCUUUUUAGUCGUAAGGGCACAGAUUAAGGCAAACAAUAAACAACGAUGACCUUUUUUGUUCCGGAUGGAUCGUUUGACCGACACACGGUGUGAGUUAGAGUUAUCCAUUGUCUGAUAAACUGACUGGGCUCGCUGACUGUCUAACUGACAAACUGACUGACUGAUUGGCUAAGAGACUGAGUGACUAUUUGACCGACUGACUGACGGACGGACUGUUCUACAGAAUUACUGACUGGCUGACAGACUGACUAUUUAGCUAACUGAUUGAUCAAUUCUUGAUUGUAUUUCCCGCACAGAAAAUCAAUGUAAAGCGAUAGUUCCCAGACCAGACGUUGUUAUUGAAUCUGAGUCCAGUACGCAGACACGUGAUACACCAGAAAAUGAAGAGACCUCCGAUCUGAACUCACUGGCCGAGGCUGCAAGGAGCCUGGGCGUAGAGGAAGCACUGACAAAGUGGUGCAUUGAACAAAGGACCAAUCUGGAGAAGAUCUCGCGAGAGUACUCACCAGACCACCCUGGAGAUGUGCGCCUAGAGCAUUUUGCAAUUUAUUUAAUGAAGUGUAAAGCUCAAGAAAAGAUAAUCAGUUUGGCCAUACUGGAACAAGUUGUGGAUGAUAUCAAGACACAGGAGGAGGAUACGUGAGUUUAGAAAUCGAGAGAAGAGAGGGAAUGGAAAAUUCAAGGAAGUUGGAGAGUAAAAAUUGGGUGGAAGAGUCAAGAUGGCGAUUUAGUCGGGUGGGGUGGGGUGGGGGGGGGACAUGACGGAGGAUAGGAGUGCAGCUUAGUGUCCAAUAAGUGUCAAUAGUUUGUUAGUAUUACGUCAUGCCUUCGUGUAAAAACUAUGGUCUGUUGGCAUGAAAUAUUUGACCGAAACGAAAACAGUGCUAGCUGCUUACCAGUGACCAGUCAAAGCCGAGAUAGUGACACCAGUGACAUACAGAUGAACACGUUAAUGAAAUUGAUUGUCUCCUAUUUAUCUUCAAUUAAGGCUCCUUCUGGUGAAACAGUGGGGACACAACAGAUUGAAUGCAGAAAGAGAAGGAACAAAUAUUGAAUUCCAGGUUACGCAAAAUUUCGGUACAUUUUUUCACCACAAACCUGCUAGUGUUGACUAUCUUCUUCGUUGACUAAGCCACGUCCAUUUUCCCGCGCUCAAGCGCGUUCACCUCUGUUUUGAGUGCUUAUUGUUCGUUUCUGUUAUAUGCCAUUGUACCUAUUGAAAGUUACGAUGACUUGACUCUGUUGUCAAUUGCGCAUUCAGUUGUAGGAAGACUCUUCUCCUAGGGUAAUUUUCUCGUAAAAUCCAUCAGGUUACAACCAUUUUAAAUUUAAUGGAUAACAUUUGCCCUCCCGAAGUGCAACCGGGAAAGCUACAGUAAUCGAUCUUGGUACGAUAGGGGAUCAUGGUUUCAUGUAUCUACUUCCUUUUCAGGGUUGGAAAGAGAAAUACAGCCAAUUCCAAAAAGUGAAUUCUUGUUUCCUGACGGGUCUUGAGCAUUUACACAAUUCGAAGUACGUACAAGUUAACUACACCAAUCAAAGCUCGUCACUUUUGAUCCAAAGAAUUAAAGUUUGUAACACUCUAUACAACAUCAUAGUACACUCUUUGUGAAGCAGAGCUCAGUAGCUUUAUUUAGGAGACAUUUAUGCCAUUUAGUAAAUUUAAGCGUGUGCCCUCUUAGAAUGUCUGGAAUCUCAUUGGGUGACUUGACCGUUAAAUGAUCACCCACUCUCUCCCCCUUUUCUGGAAUCUAAGGAACCUAAAACGUUAAUUUGACAUGGUCAUUGGCUUAUAUAUGUCAACUUUCCUUAGACUGAACAAUUCCUUCUGUGUAUCAUACCUUUCUAUUUUAAAACUUUUUCCAGUUUUAAUUUGCUGUUUUGUUCUAAGGUUGUGGAAUGAACUCGAAAUUUAAACCCUUUCUACCAUUUAAAUUAUUGGUAACUCACUUGUCAGAGGAACUACACUCAACGUUAAGUUUCCAAAAAUGGUUCUGUUUGCAGAUUUCGUGAAGCAUUACCCUAUUUGGUACACGCGUGUACACUGAAUUCCAAGCUUUUCAACCCAGACUUGCCCGGCCAAGCCAUGGACGAGAAACUGCUGGCUCACUACCGGCGCGUUUGCUUUCUCCGUUUGAAUGAGUUGGCAGUAGGGAUGUUUGAGGGUAACGAUUGGAAAUCGGUAUGCUCGGGUCUGGAGCUAGUCAGCGAACUGGUGGUGCCAUGUAUACCUCGACUCAUUGCGUCACAGGAGGCCGACGAUGCCGCCGCUGUGGAACAGGUCAGAAGCUGCUGGUGUAACUUCUUGGGAUUACCUCUUGAUGGUGAGUCAACUGGUUCUGUCACGCAAGAUUACGUGACAAACCCUUGCAAGUCCCAUGCUCCAUUCACACCAAAGUUUAAAAUGUUUUAAAACGCCUUUUUAAACACAGUUUAAAAUUGUUUAUUCAUAGAGGUUGCUUUAAUUUUGAAUUAAGCCCAUUGAAAAUGCAAGUUCGUAAUUACUUGAAUCCCAUCCCAUCUGAUUUUCAUUCAGUUAAACUCGCCUUAAACUAAACUUGUUUUUCUGGUAUGAAUGGGUUCUUGUGUCUACAAUCACUGAAAAUUUCGAGUCAGGUCAAGUCAAGUUCUGGAAGAAAUAUCAAUUUGAUAUUUUCAUAAUUCGAGCAGUUUUUAGGAAUUGGAGUUGAGCAUAUAUGGAAAGUCUGUUUGGUAAAGCACACUAGUAUUCCAUUCAUUGACGAUCUUAAGUACACCCUAUUUUUUCAGUGAAAAAGACACUAACCGUUUCCUUCUCCCUCUUUAUAAUUUUUCUGAUAGUAAAUGUUCUAGCGCAAUACAGGGGAGGGUUGGCGAGAAGGGGCUAAACUGAGAGAUUGAGCACUUCGUAUGAGUUUGAGUAGAAUUAAUUCCGCAAGUGUCGCUGUAACCCAAGUGCUCUAAACAUGGAGGUCGAAUGAUUUAGAAUGAUUGACAUGCCUUUAUUGUACAAGACCUUGUAUUGGUUCAAGCUACUUGACCAACCCUACCACAAUUUAAUAUGAAACAGUUUGAAUAAAUUACCAUUUUUUUUUUAUUUAGAUCGCCAUCGUGUCAAACUCGAAGAAUACCUUCCAAAGCUUCUUGAUGUCACAAGUGAAUCUUGCUCUGAAAUCAAAGCACCGCCGAUUAUACGACCAUCAAGCUCACGCGACCUCUGCGAUAGAUUUUUCCGGGCGAUGGAACUGGUACACGCUAAUCCCGCUGCUUUUACGACGUAACGAAGCCGCGUCGAACACGAACCGAAACUCUGGGAGGCCUUUCCUUCUUCACCAAAGCACAUCGCCUACGUUCUCCUCUUUUCGAGCCAAGAAAAAAAAAUACAAUUAACAUUUCUGUCCAUUUCUCUCAAUGAAACACGACGAUAGCAUGGUACAAAGUUUCAAUUCUUCAAAGCGUUUGGAUGUUUCUGUACAUACAGCAUGAAUAAAUAAAGUGCGUCGUAUUUAAGAUUUUCAAGCUAAGUGCAUUUGUUGGAUUAAAUAAAUGACUACUAACAUAAGUGUGGAAGUUCUACUCUUUAAAAUGGCAUAGCACAGCGCAUUUCUAUGAGUUUGGUGAAACCAAAACCACAGUGAUCACAACAGCCAAUUAGAAAAGAGGAAAAUAUCAUAGGAGCCAACCACAACGUUUGGCUUUGGUUUUGCAUCUGGUUAGUCGAAAAGGUGGCGCGAGUUUCUGAACCAAUCACAGAGCGCAGUAGAGCAAAACAUACAAUCGCGGAUUACUUUCGACACUCAGUGGAAAAUUGCGCUAAAGUGAAGUAGCGUAAGGGAGGAGGACAAUGUAUGUACAGUCAUCCCGCGAAAUCUUACGAAAUAUCCAGUAAAGCUGAGUCAGUUAAAAUCACGAAAUAUCCUGAAAGAUAUCAAAAGCAAAUCACACCUACUACAUGCUUUCUUUGCAGUUUUUCGGUCCCAGUGUGUAAGUUCAGUAUACAUACACAUGUGCGUUUAUGCUGCCGACUAAACACUCUGUAACCUAGAACCUGUAGAAAAUACAACAUUUUGCAACAGAGAAUGGAGAAAGAGCCCUGGCGCCUCGAUUACUUCAUAGUUUUUGAUCUGUUCAACUAAGACGUCGAAACAAUAUCUCACGAGUCAUGAGAGCAAUAAAUCAGACAGCACUUUCUAUUAGUUAACCGGCGUAACAACGCAUGUGGAAUGUUGGGGAAACACGCCUUCGGCUCGUGAUUCACCAACUUUUUAUCGUGUUCUCCCAACAUCCAAAGAGGGUUGCCACGCUGGUAAACCAACAGGAAGUGCGGUCUAUUGCUUUUAUAAAAUAAUCUUUAAUUUUCCAUGGAUUUUCCGGUGUAAUGAAUAGAAGGUUUUGGACCAAUCAGUGCUCUCGUAAUAUCUCAGUCAUUAUAAACGAAUUUAUCAAAUUAUGGAUGUUAUCUUGACUCUCCUCACUAAUUUACAGAGGAAUUUAAGGCAGCCAUGAGAGAGAAAUAUUGAUCAGAUUUCAACGGUCGCAUGAAGAACGUAACAAUGAGCAAGGUGUUUGAAUUGAUGUCAUUGCGCAAGAGUGGUGCUUACAAAGCAUGCGCAUAAAUUACGAUGGCCUACUUAAAGAUCGUAAUUGUUAAGUAAUUGAUACUAAUUUUUUGUGGAUCGUUAGUCUGGGUCACUUUGACUCAUUCCGAAACCGUCAUUUUGAGAGGUAUUAAACGGUAUGUAAACAUCAAACUACUCUUAAACCGUCUGGUUACUAUAGGUAUAAAUUCUGUUCAUUUUCGGCAGCACAGAACGGAACCCCUUGCAUGGUUGUGUAUCUGAGGACUUUAGAGUACAAAUUAAAAAGUCCCAACCUUUCGACGAAUUCUUCAGAUAAUAGACCACUUCUCUUUACAAUGUAAUGGAGGUUUUAAACCUUUAAGUUAAUAACCCUUUUAGACACCUGUGUUUACUCACGAUCUGAGGCUUAAAUCAAUCCUGUUUAUACAUUCGACACCUGUAUUGUCUCUUCUCCAUGCUGAUAAGUCAGAAUGCGAGCAGAAUUUGAAUAAAAGAGUUUAUGCUAUUGUCAUUUUAAAGUGAGAGAGAUUGAUUUUUCCGCUGCAAUCGUAAACCAGCUUGCUUAGCAUAACAACGAAAACUUAAGUGAGGCGAAGAAGGACAAUGCACGUAUUGAAGAAAACUGUGUUGAAUGAAAUACUUUUUAAAGAAUGGGCCAUUCUUUAUUAGGAUUUAGCAAAGCCGAGAGUCCUUACGGACCUGCUCUCUAUCGCGUCCAUCACAUCUGUUAUGUAAUGACUGUCACUCAAACGUCACGCUAUGUCUAGAAAAUAGCGUGAUUGGAAUGCCAAACGGGAUGGCGUGUUUUCGUUAUCAUACAACGAAUGCCUACAGAGUGUCAUCUUUCAGAAUGUCACGAAAGCGUCGCGAAGAGAACACGCGCGCCAACAAAUGCCGUUUGAAAUCAGUAAUUAAAUGAAAUGAAAAGCCUUGAAGAUUGAUUUUCCUCCAUCUUAUCUUAUCUGCAGUGGAAUCGACCUCGUCAAGGUAUAUAGGUUUCGCUUUACUCGAUGACAGUUCACAACAAAAAGAUACCUUUGACCGGGGAAAUAUAUUCGUCUGGAAAUUCUAUUGUUUUGGUACCGUUUGCUUUCCACCACCGGAAGUUAUAUUGUGUUUAAGCAUCACAGGAACUCAGCGACCAACGACCGACAUGCUGUCAUUGUUUCUAAAGUAUUAACAUUUCCCUAUCUGUUACGAAUCAAGGUUAUAUGGAUUUGCUGAAUACCCUGGCGUCACAAUCAUCCAGUUGUUUCUAAAUAAAAUGUCAUUGUUCUUCGUUUAGUAAUGUUGUUUAACUAAACUCUUCAAUUUCGCCGUCACGUCUAGCUUGGCCGCUAUGCGAGACCCGAAAUAAAACUCGAUAAAAACGAUCAAAUUUCUUUGUCUGGGUCUUUCAACCCUGGCACCUGGAUAAAAGCUACUUUUUCGAGAAAGCAGGCUUUUUUUUUUCAGCACGGCAGAUAUCGUAAUAACAGCAAGAUAAUUAGACGGAGAUAUUUGAAUUGCAUACCGACGGAAAUUUGCAUAAUUGUGCUUUCCCAGACAGUGAGGUUUUUAGUCCGACCGCUGAGUACUAGAAAACAUUAGGACGAGAAGAACGGUUUUUUUGGACCACCGAUGUGUGACACCAUCGAACCUCGCGCAGAAAUGGAAACUACAAUUUAUCAAGGUACCAAACUUCUACAUACUACAUAACUUCACGCUGUUAAUUAUGAACAUUUCAAUUAUUUCCUACAGAGUUCACACCAGACGUACAUACCGACUGGCUCGAAGUUGUGUGUCAUAUCGAGAAAUCUCUUUGUCAAAAUAUGUUUUACUUUGCAUUGGAAUAUACAAAUGUUGACCGGCCAAUUGCAUCAUUGUCCUGGCUUUUGCGUGAUUUUCGAGAGAAAGCAGCGAGUGAAAUGUACAAAUAGAACAUUUUCUGUACUUGCGCCUAAGGAAGGUAAAAUAUCCGAUGGGAUUCUGUUCGAUUACAGAACGGGACAACUUUAAUGUGACGAACAAGCGAUGGUGAGAUAAGUUGAGCAAACCAGGUCGUCGAUCGGAAAUUGAUUCGGUUGGAGAUUUUUUCAAACAAAGCAAAAGAAGAUGGGCUGAGUUUCGAUAUUUUGUAGCUUGUAACUAUUACAACGAUGUAAUCUUACUUGCCUCUUUAGUCUCUAAAUUAACUGGCGGAGAAAGUCAUUGAAAUUGAACCCUGGCUGUCUGAGUGAGAUUCCCUUAUCAGCUCACAGCUAGAAAAAACCAUUGUAUUCAAAAGUCUGUUAGAAAAUAGAUCAGCGUCGUUAAUAUUCAGGCAACAUAUGCGAACUGGUUUUUAAAGAAGGAGAAAAUUUGAGAGAUGCUGAAAGCGCCGUACUUCGGAUGUAAGUUUGCAACAGCCAGACUGACUAAGCCACAAGUUAUUGUCAACUGCAUUAUAUGAUAGUUUGCAAGAAAUGAGCGAUGGAUUUUUAAAGAUCUGAAAGUCUAAAUCUCAUACAAAGAACAUGAAAAAUGCUUUGUCAUUUUCUUAGAGGGCCAGAGUCAGUCAAUACUCGUGGUAAUUUGUGACUGAAUCAUACCACAUGUAUUCGCGCUGCUCUGAUCGAGUUGUGACUUCUUCAUUGUAUUUCAACGUUUUUCUUGUAAACCGAAGAUUUCGUGCCUUCUUGCUAGAUAAUUCAAUUUUGAAUUUAUGUACUAAUGUAUUUUUGUCUGUAUUAUAGAAAAACAAUACGAACAGCAGCAGCAGAGGGAGCCGGCAAGUGGAGGCGAUUCCUAAACACGCUACAGCACGAGGUGUACACGCGCUCUAAAAUCCUCCUUGGGAUUAUACUAGUGAGUUUCAAAUGUAGUUAUUGCAGUAUUUCUACAAUAAACAUUGCCUUACCUCUUUCCAAAUCGUUGCUAUCAAGAUGAUUGCGAUUUGCAUACAAAAAUGAACCGACACGACCUGUCUGAGUAACACGAGGUUUUCUCAGUUGGUUUUAGUCGACCUACACCGUCAUCCUCAAUACAACAUGAAUCCAUCGUCGACAAUCGUUUCAUCAGACAAAAAAAACACUGUUUUCUGAACAUUGAUUAUUUUGAAAAUAGAGGGACACUUUGACAAAGAAUCUUUUUUUUCAUCGUUUCCUGAUAGGUAUUUGCUGUUGUGUCUCGC